UAAUGCUGGUAUUACGUCAAAGUGACAGAUGACAUAACAGCAGUGCUCCUAACCUCAAAUUUGCCAUCCGAAUUUUAUUUACGUAAAAAAUGGCAGGGCUAAUACUCCAACGUAGUUUAUUCCGAAAAAUCUUGCCUACGAUCAACCGAAGGUUAGUGUCAACAUCGAAGAAAACGAACGAGACUGCCGUGGCCGAUGCUGUCAAAACCGAUGCAAAGAAAGYCGAGCACAAAAAUUGGGUUUAUUAYGGCUUUGAUCCACACUCAAAAGAAGGCGAUAGAACAGCGAUGCACUCUAUUAUGUUUGUUUCCGUUACACUUUGUCUAGUCUGUGGGGGCUAUUUCAUCAUGUAUGCGCCAGACUACAACCUAAAGGAUUGGUCUCAAAGAGAGGCUUUCCUGGAGCUGCGCAGAAGGGAGAAGCUGGGGCUACCACUGGUUGACCCCAAUUUGAUAGAUCCCGCCAAGAUACAACUGCCAUCAGACGAGGAAUUAGGAGACACAGAAAUCAUUAUUUAAGUGAUUUUAGAGACAUUUUCAAUGUAAGGGCAAGAUUCAACUUGUAAAUAUUUAUAUUUAAGUUAAAUAAAAAAGUACAAAAAUU